AUGACGGUCAGGAUAACCCAGUCCAUGGAGGAUGAGGACUGCAAACGUCUCUGCUCUGCUGAGGUCUACAGCACUCCCCCCUACUGCAUAGACCAUGAGCGGGUGGCAAAGGUUCAGCUGCCGACAGAUGACAUUGCGAAUAGCAAAACCAACGAGCAGAAAGAGAAGAAAAGACCAAAGCAGGAAGUCAAUUUAUGCUUCAGAAACAAACAGCCUCUUGAAGUGCGGAUAUCUGAAAGAAGAACCUUCUUGAUCUCCCACUCGUCCAGAUCCCAGACCCAGCCAGGAGUGGUGUGUGGUGAGUGUGACAGGGAGAGCCCGGGUGAGUCUGGGAAUCCCACCGCACUCCCAGAGGAAUCCCAGACGUCUGUGUGCAAGGUGUGCAGCGGCUCGCUGGACGCUCCAGUGGGACUUGGUGAACACCUGACACCUGGGGAAGAGAGGAGAGGUCACCAGGACGACACACCUGGAGGAGAAUCGAAAGACCAAGCAGCCGAUCGAAACCAACUCAGGGAGUCUGACCGCCAAGACGCUGCUCACGAGGAUGAUGACGGCACACAUGAUGAAGGCAGCGGGUCCGCAGUAGCUGACAGUUCACACACCAGAGGGGAAAUCGCUGGAGCGGAGGGCCGGCUGCUGGGGAACACGUGCAGCUCGCCCCCCCCAACUCCCUCCAGGAAGAGCUCCACCAGCACCAGGAGGGCCCUGUUCGCCCGCAGGUGUCUCAAUGCUUCGUCCUCCGGGGCCUCCCACUCUCCACACACCCAGUCUCCAGAUCCAGGAAGGGAGCCGUCUCCACCUCGCAGCCCGUCGCCCGGCCCACACCCGUCUCCUGCGCUGACCUCGCCCCUGUCUCCGUCCUCUCGUCCCGUCUCCUCAGUUCUGAAGACAGCAGUGUCUCCAGUCAGGGGCCCGGCCGAGGGGUCCAACUCCGCCGGGCUUCCCAGCUCCCCAGCUGGUGGAUCUGCUCCGUGUCAAACCUGCCGCCCACCUAAGGAGGUACGGCCUGCUGCAGCUCUGUCGGGGGAGGAGAACAGUCUGGUCCCCAUCAUCGGCCCUCAUCCUGCACGGCCUCGAGGAACCAACCGGCUCCUGAGCCACCUCCCGCUUCACUCCCAGCAGCCUGGCAGAACACCCAGCUUCUUGAUCCCCAUUGGGGGGAUCCACAUGGUCCAGCCCAGGUCCACCCUCCCGCUCUACCGCCUGGUGGCCAGCCCGGCGGCCUCCCGCAUCCCAACCGGAAAGCUGGCUGCCCCCCAAUACCAGGACGCCCACAAAGAGGCGGUGGCCAGCAGCGCUCCACGGCGCCCCCGGGCUGCAGAGCAAACAACCGCAGGAGACAAAGGCUUCCCCGUCCAGCAGCCCUCCACUUCCAGAAGCUGCACGGAGAGGCAUGUUUACACUGAAGGUCAGAACUCCUCUCAGAAGCAUCUCUGAUAGCAGGGAGACUUUUUUUUUUUUUAAAGGGACAGUGCAAAAAGAAGGAAAAAAAGAAAAGAAACAGAGUGCAGGUAAUGGUGAAAUAUUCCAAAGCUCAACGAGACGAAAGCACUUGAGCACCGCUUCUGAAUGACGCUGU